UGGAUCCGCAAGUAAAUUUUCUGACAAGGGUCAAGCCCACAUCAAAGAUGGAACUUUCGUUUUUCACAUCCCUAAUUUCCCUCAAUCUUUCUCUUAAUUGUUUUCAUCACAUUCACCUUGUUAACUCUUGAGUAAUACCCUAUAAAUCUCUUCUUCAUCUUCUUCUUGUGCAUAACAACAAUGGAGACGAAUGAGAACACCCCAACGAACACCCUCGUUGUAAGGAAACCGUGUUUUGGUCUUCCAAUCGGUUGUCCUCAAUGUUUGUCUGCUUACAUCUAUCUCAAACUCUCUCAACUUCCAUUCAACUUGGAUUAUCAUCUUAACUACCCUGAUUCUGAUCAAAUUCCUUACUUUGAGGUUGGUGAUUCUGUGACAUAUAAUAAUGACAAGGAAGGGAUUAUUGGGGGAUUGAAAAGGGAUGUAAGUGAUUUAGAUGUUGGUGUAUCUUCACUCCCCGAAUGGCUACCGACCAAGGUGAUGCUCACGACUUGGCUUGCUGAUGCACUUGAGUAUGAGCUUUGGGUGGGAAGUCACGCUUUGUCGGCUUAUAGCAUCUAUUACUCUGAUCUUCCGUGGCCUAUAGGAAAGGUUUUGUUUUGGAAGAAAGCUCAUUGGGUGAAACAGAAACAUGAGAUAAGUAAAGACAAUGCUGAAGUAAAGGAAGAAGAGAUUUAUGGAAGAGCAAACUCUGCAUAUGAUGCUUUGUCAACUUUGUUAGGGGAAGAAAACUACUUAUUUGAAAACAGGGCAUCAAGCUUGGAUGCUAUUUUUCUUGCACAUGCAUUAGUAGUUCUUCAAGCUUUUCCUGAAUCAUCAAUUUUGCGAACCAAUUUUUCGAAACACGCCAAUUUAGUGAGGUACGUGCAACAACAUAAGGAAGAACUUAUAGAAGCUGCUGGUACGUCUCCGUCUAAUGAUCAUAAUUUUGGUGCAUCAUCAUCAACUUCCGGAGGUCCUUCAACUUCAAGUUCGAAGUUCAAGAGCAGACAUAAAAAGGAGAAAACAAAGGAGGAGAAGAAACAUCGAAAAAGGGCGAAAUAUUUUGUGGUAGCACAGCUAGUUGCAGUUGUUCUGUUUCUCAGUAUCAUGUCUGGAAUCAGCGAUGGGGGCGAAGUCGAGUUAGAUGACGGCGAUUUAGACUAUGGCUAUGAUGAAUGAAAAUGAAAGCCUAGGCUGAACUUGUUUUAGAUGUUCUACAUCCUUUUCUGUUGUAUCAUGAAAAUUCAGAUAUAAGGAAAAUUACCAUUUAUAUCAAAUUUUGCUACUAUAGGAUUUUAUUGUAUUGGCUCAUUGUCUCAAGUAGUAGCCAUACUUUUUCACAUGAACAUGAUGCAAUUUUUUGAGUGGUGGUGUGGUGAAUGAACAGUCAACUGAGAGGAGCUCUGUAUCUGUUAGCUCUGUACAUUUUAAUUUCUGGAAUCAUUGUUUAUUAUCUUGUAUCAGAGUUUUUAUCUAGGAAUCGUUUUUGUAA